AUGGCGCUGCGGAGGGGCGGCGGCGGGGCGCUGGGGCUGCUGCUGCUGCUGCUGAGCGCCGCGUGCCUGAUCCCGCGGAGCGCGCAGGUGAGGCGGCUGGCGCGCUGCCCCGCCACUUGCAGCUGUACCAAGGAGUCCAUCAUCUGCGUGGGCUCCUCCUGGGUGCCCAGGAUCGUGCCGGGCGACAUCAGCUCCCUGAGCCUGGUAAAUGGAACUUUUUCAGAAAUCAAGGACCGAAUGUUUUCCCAUCUGCCUUCCCUGCAGCUGCUUUUGCUGAAUUCUAACUCAUUCACUGUGAUCCGGGAUGAUGCUUUUGCUGGACUUUUUCAUCUUGAAUACCUGUUCAUCGAAGGGAACAAAAUAGAAACCAUUUCAAGAAAUGCCUUCCGUGGCCUCCGUGAUCUGACUCACCUUGUGACUUUUUGUUCUAGUUCUUUGGCCAAUAACCACAUAAGAGCACUCCCAAGGGAUGUCUUCAGUGAUUUAGACUCUCUGAUUGAAUUAGAUUUAAGGGGCAAUAAAUUUGAGUGUGACUGCAAAGCCAAGUGGUUGUAUCUGUGGUUGAAGAUGACAAAUUCCACCGUUUCUGAUGUGCUGUGUAUUGGUCCGCCAGAAUAUCAGGAGAAGAAGCUAAAUGAUGUGGCCAGCUUUGACUAUGAGUGCACGACGACAGACUUCGUUGUCCAUCAGACUUUGCCCUUCCAGUCGGUUUCAGUGGACACAUUCAACUCCAAAAACGACGUGUACGUGGCCAUUGCUCAGCCCGGCAUGGAGAACUGCAUGGUGCUGGAGUGGGACCACAUCGAAAUGAAUUUCCGGAGCUACGACAAUAUCACAGGUCAGUCCAUCGUGGGCUGCAAGGCUAUCCUCAUCGAUGACCAGGUCUUUGUGGUGGUGGCCCAGCUCUUCGGCGGCUCUCACAUUUACAAAUACGACGAGAGCUGGACCAAGUUUGUCAAAUUCCAAGACAUAGAAGUUUCGCGCAUAUCCAAGCCCAACGACAUCGAGCUCUUUCAGAUCGACGACGAGAAGUUCUUUGUCAUUGCCGACAGCUCUAAAGCCGGCCUGUCGACAGUUUAUAAAUGGAACAGCAAAGGAUUUUACUCGUACCAGUCCCUGCACGAGUGGUUCAGGGACACGGAUGCAGAGUUUGUCGACAUCGAUGGAAAAUCGCAUCUCAUCCUGUCCAGCCGCUCCCAGGUCCCCAUCAUCCUGCAGUGGAACAAAAGCUCUAAGAAGUUUGUCCCCCAUGGCGACAUCCCCAACAUGGAGGAUGUGCUGGCGGUGAAGAGCUUUAGAAUGCAGAAUAGCCUCUACCUUUCCCUCACCCGCUUCAUCGGGGACUCCAGGGUGAUGAGAUGGAAUAGUAAGCAGUUUGUAGAGAUCCAGGCUCUACCGUCCCGGGGAGCUAUGACCCUGCAGCCCUUUUCUUUCAAAGACAACCACUACCUGGCUCUGGGGAGUGACUACACGUUCUCCCAGAUCUACCAGUGGGAUAAAGAGCAGCAGCUAUUCAAGAAGUUCAAGGAGAUUUAUGUGCAGGCUCCUCGUUCAUUCACAGCUGUCUCCACCGACAGGAGAGAUUUCUUUUUUGCAUCCAGUUUCAAAGGGAAAACAAAGAUUUUUGAACAUAUCAUUGUUGACCUGAGUUUGUGAAGGUGUGAUUGGUGAAUUUCAAAGACAAGUAGUGCUAGCUCUCACAAGAGAGGACCAAGGGGAAAAAAAAGAAAAAGAAAAAGCCAAACUCAGAGCUCUGGCAUUAAAAAAAAAAUGCACUGGGUAAAUAGUAAGGCAUUUUCAAACUUUUAGAACUCACAUUUUAAUCAGGGAUUGCAUUUAUCGGCUAAUGCAUGACAUGUCCGUUCUACCAUUUAAAAAGACAUCCGAUGACCUGUAAUUACUGAGAAAAGAGUA